AUGGAGGAACGUUUUCCUGCAGCCGCGUAUGCCGCGUAUGCAGCCGGCCGAAGCUAUUCGGGCUAUCCUAGUUUUGGAUUAUCAUACCCAACAGGUAAUCAUUCAGCCACUUUGUACCACCAUCCCCUAACGCUUCUUCCCUAUCCUUUAGACGUCGGAGUCUAUAAUUCUGGAAAUGUGCAUCAUCCCUUACCGCUGUGA